GGGACCUCCCGGCGCUGCUGUUGCUGCCGCUCCUGCCCCGAGGGCCGAGAGGGGCCCGGAGCCUCCCGGGGGCCAUAGAGACGCUGUGGGGUAGAGCGACGCUCUAGGGGGCCCAUACUUCGUUGGCCUGUCAGGGCUGCCGGUGUUCACCAGCUGGGGCUUCUCCGAGACGGGGUCAGGCUGGGGCCAAGCCUAGGACGGGGGCGGAGAAACCGCUUUCCCCUUACACAUGCCCGCCUUCCGCGUCCUUUCUUCACAGCGGUGGAGUGACACCCGGGUGACCUUUGACCCUCAGCCUGGCCCGUGACAUGACCUCUCCCUUCCCUGUUGUGUGACCCUUGAACCCAGCCCUCGGCCUUCCAGCUGUGCUCCAUAGAGGGUCUCUGCCUCUCUCAUCCCCCGACGUGGCUCCAUCCGCCCCCCGUCCCCUUCUGCACUUCUCGAGCUGCCUCUCAUGGCCGGCCUGCUUCCCUCCUGAAGCCUCCGCCCUCCCGCUUCCACCCCCACACUGUCACCAUUCCCUCCACCUUUUAAGAAAGACGGACUCUGGCUAUGCCCCCUGGCUGGGGGAAGUUGAAACCCCCGCUCUGACCCCAGGAGACUUCAGCGGUGCUGUGGUCGCUUAUGGAGCUGCCUGCCUGAAGCCUUCACCCCAAGAGAGGCAGUAGGGGGAACCUGCAGAAGGUGCAGUUAAGGGGAUCCGUCUCCUAGGUGCAUUUCAGAAUGACUUUCACGCCCAGGUUGCCGCCAGGUGAGUGUGCAGCACACUGAGGUGGCACGAGAAGAGCUGCCGUGGCCUCCCCUCUCAGGAAGCAUUGGGAUCCAUUCCAUCUAGACACAGCGGACACCUCCAUCUUAAGGAGGUGUUGAUUUCUGUGCAGGGGCAAGCCCCCUUGCCCUGCGCGGCCAAUCCUAUCUCGGAGCCAUUGCCAAGAGGUCUGUGGUAGUGGGGGGCUGUGGUCCCCCCUGUCUGUUUAAGCAGCUGCCACCAUGUCGACUUCCUCUCUGCGCCGCCAGAUGAAGAACAUUGUACACAACUAUUCCGAGGCAGAAAUCAAGGUGCGGGAGGCUACCUCGAAUGAUCCAUGGGGCCCCUCCAGCUCCCUCAUGUCUGAAAUUGCUGAUCUCACCUACAAUGUGGUGGCCUUCUCUGAAAUCAUGAGCAUGAUCUGGAAGCGUCUCAAUGACCACGGCAAGAACUGGCGUCAUGUCUACAAGGCCAUGACUCUGAUGGAGUACUUGAUCAAGACUGGCUCAGAGCGAGUGGCGCAGCAAUGCAAGGAGAACAUCUAUGCCAUCCAGACGCUGAAGGAUUUCCAGUAUGUUGACCGCGAUGGCAAGGAUCAGGGAGUCAAUGUGCGGGAGAAGGCCAAGCAGUUGGUGGCCCUCCUGAAAGACGAUGAGCGCCUCAAAGAGGAGCGGGCUCACGCGCUCAAGACUAAGGAGAAACUGGCCCAGACUGCCACUGCUUCGUCAUCUUUGGCAAACGCCCCGGUGGAAGCCGAGCAGGCCUGGCCCCAGAGCAGCGGGGAGGAGGAGCUGCAGCUACAGCUAGCGCUGGCCAUGAGCAAGGAGGAAGCGGAGCAGGUAAGCGCCAAGCGCAAGGAGCCUUCGCCUGACGCAAGAGGCUCUGAGAGAACGGAACUGCAGGGUCCAACCUGUUGUCCCCCUGCAGUGGCCGACGAGGACCUACAGCUCCAGCUAGCCCUUAGCUUGAGCAAAGAGGAACACGACAAGGAGGAGCGAAUCCGGCGUGGGGAUGACCUACGACUCCAGAUGGCCAUUGAGGAGAGCAAAAAGGAGUCUGUGCCUGCAAAGGAGGAGUCAUCACUCAUGGAUCUCGCUGAUGUCUUCACCACCCCACCGGCUGCCGCUGACCCCUGGGGUGGUCCUCCUGCCCCUGCUGACCCCUGGGGCGGCUCUGCUCCAGUUGUGCCCGCAGCUCCCACCGACCCCUGGGGACCACCUGCUACUGGAGCAGCUUCCACAGGGGGAGACCCUUGGGGGCCCCCUGCAGCGCCCCCUGCAGUGCCCUCAGACCCAUGGGGAGGUGCCACAGCUACAAGCACUGACCCCUGGAAACCUGAAGGUGCGGGUUCCGCUGGGACUACAGCAGCGCCACCCACAGACCCCUGGUCGUCCGGUCCAGCUCCCACAUCCCAAGCGAAAACCGCCCCUGACCCUUGGGCUCCAGCAUCCACAUUCUCAGAUCCCUGGGGCGGCUCCCCUUCCAAACCCAGCACCAAUGGCACUGCAGCUGGUGGAGGCUUUGAGCAGUUUGGCAGCCCCGAUGGGGAUGAAUUCUCGGAUUUCGACAGCCUGCGUCCAGCACUGCCCAAAUCUGGGAGCAGCACAGGUGAGCUGUCACUGUUAGCUGGGGAGGUGCCGGUUUCGCGGGCUGCUGUUGGCACCGACAGUCCCAACGCUUUUGACAUGACGGCAGUGAGUGGAUCAUUAGCCGAAGCCUCUAAGCCAACGCGCAAGACCCCCGAGUCGUUCCUGGGUCCCAAUGCUGCCCUUGUCGACUUGGACUCGCUGGUCAGCAAGCCUUCUGUCCCCUCUAGUGUUGCAAAGGCCUCCAAUCCCUUCCUACCCCCUGGUUCAGCUCCCACCCCGCCAGCCUCUGCCACAAACCCAUUUCAGGCGACAGCAACCACCCCCCUUUCUCUCAACCAACUGCGCGUCAGUCCAGUUCUUCCUCUGUCCCAGCCAACACCUCCAGCUUUCCCCGCCACAGCACCCAUGGUCUCUGUCUCCCCCAUGGCCCCCGGGAUGCCCUUAGCCUCUGUUUCCCCAUUGGUGGGGGUGCAACCCUUGGGGGCUGUUCCGCCCAUGGGUCUCCCUGCCAUGGGACUGCCCCCUCCGACCAUGCCACCUGCCGGCAUCGUCCCCAGCAACACGUCGGCCUCCACCAUGGGGAGCACCAAUCCGUUCUUGCUAUAAUUGAUGGGAUCCUCAUCCUGUGGUGAACCCCACCCCUCUCUCUCCCCUUUCCCCUCCCACCCAGUUGUAUUCCCAGAUGGUGAAAACGGCCCCCUAAGAUUCCACUCCAGAAUGGGGAAGCUGGGGUGGGGGUGCGGGAAAAGGAGGAGAGAGACAGGACUGGACUGAGAGUUCUUCCAGCCCCAUGUUUCAGAGGCUGGGCAGAUUCCCCCCCCCCUUCUUUUGGUGUAGGCCGGUCGGUAAGGAGUCCUCUGCUCCCGAAUCACGUUGGCCUUUAGGGUGGUUGGGAGGGUCCAUUUUUGCUACGAUUCUAGGAACAGUGAGUGGCAGCUCUCAACAACUCUAUGGGAAGUUUGGAUGCUGUAUGCAGGGAAGCGAAUUAGAAAAUGACAAAAUGGGGGGCAGGGUAGGGGUGGCCUUCUCUCCUUUUUUUGCCCUUUCUCCCCUUGUUACAACAUCAGCCCUACUUCUUGAGGCAAUGGUAAAAUAGAACAUUAUCCUCCUGCACACUUUGGACCCUAUGUCUCUCUCCUACCCCUGCAAAAGGGGAUCAGAAAGGGAAAUAGCCCCCACCCAACCUCUAGGCCUUUCCAGAUGAAGUUCUCAAGGGGAGGGGACUCUACCCUUUUUAUUAUAAUUUUUUCCUAAACUUCUACCUUUUCCCUUUCCAAACGCAUUACUUUUUUUCUCCGUUUCCCACUUUAGCUGGGACCAGCCCUCCUCUGCCUUUUUUUUCUCUUGAAGGGUAGAACUGGGGCAUAAUCAAUGAGCCCCCCCCCCCGCACUCUAGAGGGCAUGGUUGAGACAGAGGGGAAUAUUGGUCUGUCUCCUCCAGCCCUGGGGCCAAGAGGGAUACCACUAACCUACGGUCAGAGACCAAAGCUGGAUCUAGAGCAGUGAGCUGGGCCAGGCUACUUGGAGUGGUGUCGCGCUGGAAGACCACCUUCAGUAACCUCCCAGUUGAUCCUUUAGAAGAAUCACCUUUACACAAAGCAUGGAACCCUGAUCAAUUUGUCAUGCCUUUGGGGAGCCUUGAAACAGUCGCUGCAGCCUACUGUGAAGGAGGAACCUGGAAGCCAUCCGAGGACCUAGAAACCGUCAAAGGGAGCUUUUAUGAGGCUUGAGAAGAGUUGCAGGAGCACUAGAGCUGUUGGCCUGCUGCUUGGCAGCCUCAGGACUAGUGAAAGGCUCCUGUUAAUUUGGGAAAGCAGGAACUAAAGCCACCCCUUCUUCACCCCACCUUAAUCUGUGGACUCGAGUAGCCCAGAGCCAGGAUUGCCUUGGAGGAGUGCAGCGAAAACACUAUGGACACUUGGAACUUUCCUGCCAACUGUGCAUAUUGCUUGGAAGGUGGGGCGGGGGGGACAGUCCAUGCUCCCACAGCCCCAAGACUCCACUCAGCGGCACUCUUCAUGUGUGUGGCAUUCAGACACGGGCUCUCACUUUUCUGUGCGUGAUCCACUCUUCUUCCCACACUGCGUCAUCCUCAAAUGCCACCAUUUGUAUUACGCACCGAGGGCCUACCACGAGAGGCACAGUGGAUUUACAGACGAAACUUUAACUCUUCCCCCCCCCCCCGAACUUUCAUCCUUGACCAGCACAGUGUCUGCUGCAGGGGAGCGGGGAGCAGGAGUACGAGAACCGCUUGGACUGGGUGUAAACAUGAUGGGGGGGAUAGAUGGUUGGAUGGUUGUAUUCCCACCUCCCCUUCUAUGUCAGCAGCUUGUGGGGAAGGGAGGGUCAAAGCCUGUGUGUGUGUGUGUAUGUGCGUAUGCGUGUGUGGUGCUGCUGUGAUUGUCCGUUAUUGUUUUAUGUUGAGGGGGGCCCUCGCUCUUAAGUACCCAGGACAAUCUGCUGAAUCCCUCAUUCCUGGGCCCCCCUCCCCUGCAAUUGUUUCCAAAGUGGGUGGCGUAUCCUACUUCUCUCCCCCUUCCCUCCGAUCAAUCGAUCAUGUUUGGGAUGACUUUCCCCCUACAAACCCAUAUUUGAAGAAUCAUGUCAUUGAUCAGGGGUUUGGGAAAGUUAAUCUUGGCUGUGUGCGACCCCCCCCCCUUGGCUUUCUCCCCCUCCCACCCCACUGCUCUGGUAUGCAUCAGAAAAAAAAACUCUUAAUGAAAUGAAAUAAAUGGAAGUUCUUAUGCGGCACCUGAAGGCUUUGCCUCUGGGCUAGCUUUUGUUGCCGGGGAAGUGGGGAGGAACAGCAGGAAAAAGGGAUGCUGUUCCUUCAUUUACUUGGUUACUUUGUGUGAGAUAAAGUUAAAUAUUUUGGGAGCUUUUCACAGAGGAGCGUUCCCAAGGGUGAUCCAUCCCCCUACAGUCUGAAGUGGUACAGUCCAUGCUGCCACCUCAUUCCCUUGAGUGUGUGUGAGAGCUUAGGCCUCAGUGGUACUGAAGUAAGGUGGGACUGGGAAUUCAGUGACAAUGCAGUUCAUGCUCGUGCUUGAGGCUUGAACUGGCUGGGGAAGGUUCAGAACUCCUUUGCGCAAUCACAGUUCAGAAAUCGUUGCCUGCGGCUUGAUGUUCCUAACACAAAUACCACCGCAUCUCAGAAUUUCCACCAAGGCCACCCCAAAACUUUCACUAUCCCCAGUGUGCAGUGGAUGCUGCCCACUGGAGAGCAAUCAGCCCUGCCCUUAAAGCACAGGUAUGUCAAGAGCUGCUCAUUUUGCCACUACUUGGCUGACUUCUGGUAACUUUCUGGUCUCUUUUGCCUCUGGUGGGCUCCAGAAGUCUCAUCCCUUAGCGUGGCUAAUAGCCUAGCUUCAACAAGCUUUGGCAAAUCCCUGAACUGUUAGAGAUAGAGCUUGGGAAAAGAAAGGACUGGGGUUAAAGUUAGCGCCACAGUUAGUGGGAGGGAGGGCCUUCUGAGUUGAGCAUGUGUUUGUGAUCCUAAAGGUCAGUUUGCAUGAACAUGUACUAAACUUGGUAGGUGCUCAGCUCUGAUGGCUUGGGGCAAAACGAUGAAAUGGCUCCAUUGAAAAGUGUAGAGGUCUUGAUCGUGGAGUUCUGUAUUGAAGCAUGUGGAGAAAUUACACUGCAAGCCUCGUUUCUGCCCAUGUAGGAACUUGUAAGUUCUGUGGCUGUCCCAGAUCUCUCUGGUAAGGCCCUUCUCUAUCUUAUUCCUGGUGUGACCUUUCAGGCUGUCAUCAACUAGUCACAAAGAGUUUUCCUGCUGAAGUACUAGUAGUCUAGCCCACUUUGCUUAUGCUGUCUAACGUGGGGAUGGACAAAUGAACUCGUGCGCUGUGGGGGAUGUAGGGAUCAACUACAGCCCCCUUCCCCUUAUUCCUUCUAGCUAAGUGUGACUAAAAAGGGCUUGGGUGCAGAGAUCAGUCUACCCAUGUUGAAUCAGAAUGUUAGAUUUAAAAAAGAGACCAGAAUGCACUCAAUUUUGGGAUCACAAUGGAGUAAGCAAAAAUCAAAAGUCAUUUAAACAGUCCUCUAACUGUGAUACUGUGUAUCUUUAAAAGGUGGUUAGAAUAAGGAUAGGUGUUUAUUCUUUGCAAGUUUCUGACGUUCUGUUGCCUCAGUUUAAUGCUGUGUGGGAUUGGUAGCCUUUGCAACAGAGCUCUGAUGUGAGAGGGCUCCCGGUAAGAGAAGUCAAGACGGCUAAGGAAGUUCAAAGAAAUAAGAGGGCUCCUUCUGCAUGUCCAGGGGUUUUAGAAUCUUUCAUUGCCCACCACUUGCUUUUCCCCAUUUGGCUUUCCAAACUCUACUGCUUGGGUGUGACUUUUCUGACCUUUGUUCUUCCCAGGCUAAGGCUAUCUGUGCAUCUAUGGAGUUGCAUAGCUGUGGUGCUGGGUGAUCACACACUGCUUUUCCCUUGUGUAGUGGUGCAAUAUAGCCUCUGCCUCUGUACAGAGUGCAGACCUAAUUACUUCCAACUUUUAAGUAAAUUCUGGGACGUAAGGCAUUU